AUGGCCUUUAGUACUACGUUUCAUCCCCAGACAGAUGAUCAAUCGGAAAGAGUGAUUCAAGUACUAGAGGAUAUGUUGAGGUGUUCUGUAUUGGAUUUCUUAGGACCGGUUGCAUAUCAACUUGAGUUGCUUUCAGAAUUAGAUCGGAUUCAUGAUGUGUUCCACGUCUCAAUACUAAGGCGUUAUCACUUUGAUCCCACACACAUUGUACCAGUCGAGGAGAUUAAGGUUAGGCCAGAUCUGUCGUUCAUGGAGGAGCCAGUGCAGGUACUAGAUCAUGAGGUUAAAGUACUGAGGAAGAAGUCUAUUCCUCUAGUCAAAGUGCUUUGGCGUAAUCAUAGUUCAAAAGAGGCCACAUGGGAACCCGAAGAGGCGAUGAAACAACAAUACCCUCAUGUUUUCUGA